UUUUUACAGGAUGGGGUUGCUAGCCCCAUGCCCAACCUUUCCUCUUUACCAGUCUUAUUACUGGUUUAGUGAGGUAAAUCAGUGCGUCGACGAGGGAUCGAACCAUGGGUCAAAUGCGUGGUUGGCGUGAAUUCUACUGCUGUGCCACCGAUGCACGAAGUAAAUUACAUACACAGAUAAUCGUUUCAGCUUUUAUAUUUAUCACAUUGCUUUUCUAACCUUUUCUGAUAAAUUAAUGGACAUAAAAGAAUAAGGUGUUAUCGUUAUAGUUGUUAUCGUGCUACUCACAUGCAUCAAGAAUUCCGCAGUCUAAUAUAUUAACAUACUGUUGGUGAUAUUUAUUUGAAGAGUUCAACAACGGUUUGAUUAUUCUAAAUUAGCGUGCUUUUUGUGUAAUAAGAAGAUACAUCGAUUGACACAGAAUUAUUGUAGAUAUUUGGUGAUUUGUGUGGCAUAUACCAUAAACGUGUUGAAAGAUAAAAAUGAAUUUCAUACCACUUUUGUUUUGUAGUAGAUGUUCAAAUGAAACUACGGCAACAUGUACUGCAGUGAAGCGGGAAAAUGCACAAUCACCUUUCAGAGAAAAGCUAAAGGUCAAUCAAAGAGAAAAUGAUGAAAAUCAGUCACCUCGAGGAGUAAAUACGCUGGAAUCUACGAAUGAUACUUAUGAAGAGAUUAAUUUAGCUCCAAAUAUUCAUUCUCAGUCACCGAAACAAUCUUCAGGAAAAUUUUUCACUUCCAGUAAAACACAGAAUAUUCAUUCCAAUAAUACCAGUCGUAAUGAGGCUAAUGACAAAUUAAGAAAACUUGUCAAUCCUCCAAUCAAAGGAGCUGUUAGAUGUUUUUCAGCUUUUUGGCCGGAGAAAAAUAAUAAUGAUGAUUUUGAGUCAUUAUUUUCUAGGAAAUCUUGUAUUACAGAAAGUAUUUCAAUGAAAUCAUUAAAUGCUUCUCAUCAUGAUUGUAAUCAAAGCAACAACACCAGGAAUGAUGUUGAUAAUCAUCACAGGUCAUUGAAGUUAUUCCGGUUUCGAAGUCUUCGAAGCAGUCCAGUGGAUAACUGUGAAACAAGAGUGUGUUCAGAUAUCAGUGAUAUUGGUCCUGGUGCAGUUAGUGAUGCGCCAAGAUUAACGUCUACGGAUAAAACAUCUUUAGCUGAUCAAGCUCGUAUGACUAGAGAUCUUGAAAAAUUGAAGUCAGUGUAUAAAAAGCAACAAGUAGCAUGUCAGCGAUCAACUGUGAUAAUUCUACCCAAUGGUAUUUUACAGUCAACUUGUUGUCCAACAAAUAUGAUUACUGUUCUUCCUCAAAAAAGGCAAACUAAUCAAAAAUCAUUGAGAAACCGUCAGUCAGUCAAAUCUGAAUCUUUCACUUCCAAUAAUACCUUAGAAUAUCAAACAGGAGAAGUAAAAUCUUCUGAAUGUGAUAGCGUAAGUUGUGUGUCAUCAAACUUUCUCAAUAAGAAGAUUGAAAACUCCUCCAAUGAAUGUAUAUGUCCAGAUCAACGUUUAAUUGGAGCUGUACGUAGUUGGCAAAAAAGAGCUCUCUGGUCAUCAGUUUCAAUUGAUGAAAGUGACAAUUCAAACUUAAAAGUUCAAACAAAGGAAGUGAAUGCUGAAGAUUUGCCGGUUAAACAUUCCAAUGGUAGGAAGCCUAAAUUAUGGGAGUUGGCAAGCUCUAAAGAAAUGCAGUUUUGUUGGCCACCAAAGUAUUCCUACUCAGCUGAGACACUGAAUGGUAAUAAUCCAGUGUGUGAUGAUUCUCCUAAAAGCAAUGAUGAAACUAACUCUAAUGUUUCACCAAAGAGAGAUAUAUACUUUCCUUAUAACACUAGUAUAACCUAUUCAAAAAAAUUUGUCAGUGAAUAUGUUCUGAUGAAUAUGAUUAAGCAGCAUAUUGAACAAAAAGCGAUCGAUAGUUUACUCGACUCAGAAUUAUCAAAGGCCAUUUCCGCGAAGUCAUCCGUUGAGGUUUCAAAUGAAGAUGUUAACUCAAACUCCGAAGAAACUGCUUCAAUAUUCACUUCAGUUUCAAGAUCGACAGCAAGAAAAUUGCCUUGGGAAGAAGCAGCUGCAUCUUUUGUGUCUAAACAUCAUUGGAAUCAUUCAAAUAAUACUAUUCUGUCAAAGAGAACAACUGAGUCGUUUCCUGUAAAAAUGCCUCUUACUCAAUCUCGAAAAGAGUUUGGAGCGAAAUUUGGCAUUUAUCAAGGUAUUAAUUCUGAAAAUUCAUCGUUUGGUUCAGGUUUUACAGAUCGCGUACAGGUGAUGCAAAGUGUGUGCGCAAAUCGUAUAACUCGGUGA